AUGUUUGCUCGUCUCUUUGCUGUUGCCUCGCUCGUCGCGUUCGCUGUUGCCACUGAUGGCCAGUGCAACACCGGCAACAUCCAGUGCUGCGAGGGUUCCUCCUCCGUCAGCGACUACAACAGUGCCUACGGGGCUCUAGGUGUCGCGCCCAUCAUUACUAGUGUUGUUGGCGACGUUGGUCUCAACUGCAGCCCCCUCACCGUUAUCGGUACCGGCUCUGCCUGUCAAGCUAACCAGCAGCCUUUGUGCUGCAGCAACAACAAAUAUAACGGUGCAAUUAACAUUGGCUGCUUCCCCUAUCCAAUGCUGGCCUCUAGAUACCCAGCAUAG